UUAUUAGACAUUGGUGUGUAUGUGUCUGUGGGUCUUUGUCUGUUGGGGGGGACCAGGGCCAGGAUACAGGGCACUGCUUGCUUCCCAAAGAAGAGGAGGCACAGGUUUGUUAGAGCUUGUGAGGUGCUCUCUAAAUUCAUUUAACAGUGAUCGGUCUCUAUUUAGAUAAAUUCAUUUAACAGUGAUCAGUCUCUAUUUAGAUAGAAGCAUCAGGAGGGAGGUUGUCUCUGAGGAGGAGAUAUUUGAGCAGAGACUCAAGGUUGAUAGGGCAGGAGAGCUUUUGCUACAGGUUGAGGAAAUAGAAGUACAGAAAGCCUGAGGCAUGCCAUAAACAUAAGCACCAGGGUGAAGAAUAUGGCCUCUGAUAUCAGGCUGUCUUCAUUGAGGUUGGCAGUUGAACUUGUACCUGGAUGAAAAUACUGUUUUCAGUACCUUGUAGAAGGAACAGGAAAUGCACUUCGUGAUUUCUUCAUUACCACCUGUUAAUUGCCAGAGGUCCACCCUCUGGAUUUUAAGCUAUCUUUUGGUCUGAGAAUUUAGGUGUCCAAUCUGUAAAUGGGAUUUAAUUUUUAUAGUUCAAUCAGCCUCUUGAAAGUUGCCAGACAUUCCUGCUCAGCUGUAGUCUUGAACCAUUCUUGAAGUGGGUACUUGGGUUUUCCCCCCAAAGAGGCUGCUGCUUUUAUUAAUAGCACAGGUUUAUCUCAGAGGAACUGAUUUUGCCAAAUUACUGUUUGCAAGGGAUUCUGGGGAAAAGACCUUUUCCAGAUGUUGUACUGAGUGUGUUUUUUUUUUCUUCUUUGCAUUAAGAUCAGGCCUUUGUGACACUGACCACAAACGAUGCCUACGCCAAAGGUGCCCUGGUCCUGGGCUCAUCUCUGAAACAGCACAGGACCACCAGAAAGCUGGUCGUGCUCACCACCCCUCAGGUCUCGGACUCUAUGAGAAAAGUUUUAGAGACAGUCUUCGAUGAAGUCAUCAUGGUAGACGUCUUGGACAGUGGCGAUUCUGCUCAUCUAACCUUAAUGAAGAGGCCUGAGUUGGGUGUCACACUGACAAAACUCCACUGCUGGUCACUUACACAGUAUUCAAAAUGUGUGUUCAUGGAUGCAGAUACUCUGGUCCUAGCAAAUAUUGAUGAUCUUUUUGAGAGAGAAGAAUUGUCCGCAGCACCAGACCCGGGGUGGCCUGACUGCUUCAAUUCCGGAGUCUUUGUUUAUCAGCCUUCAGUUGAAACAUAUAAUCAGCUGUUGCACCUUGCUUCCGAGCAAGGUAGUUUUGAUGGUGGGGACCAGGGUUUACUGAACACGUUUUUUAGUAGCUGGGCAACAACAGACAUCAGAAAACACCUGCCAUUUAUUUAUAACCUAAGCAGCAUUUCUAUAUACUCCUACCUCCCAGCAUUUAAAGCGUUUGGUGCAAAUGCCAAAGUUGUGCAUUUCCUGGGACGAAUCAAACCAUGGAAUUUUACUUAUAAUCCCAAAACAAAAAGUGUCAAAAGUGAGUCCCAUGAUCCCACCAUAACUCAUCCAGAGUUUCUCAACCUGUGGUGGGACAUCUUUACCACCAGCGUUUUACCUCUGCUUCAACAGUUUGGCCUUGUCAAAGAUACCUGCUCAUACAUAACUGUGCUUUCAGACUUGGUCUAUACACUGGCUUUCUCUUGUGGCUUCUGUAGAAAGGAAGACGUCUCAGGAGCUGUGUCACACUUGUCCCUCGGGGAGAUCCCAGCUGCAGCACAGCCUUUCGUAUCCUCAGAAGAACGGAAGGAGCGGUGGGAGCAGGGCCAGGCUGAUUACAUGGGAGCAGACUCCUUUGACAACAUCAAGAGGAAACUCGAUACUUACCUCCAGUAGAAACACUGCCAUUUUCCCGAGGACACAUCCACUUUACAGGCACUUGUUCCUGAUCCUUAGUACCUAGAGCUGGGUUGAGAAAAGUCUGUUACAGUUGCUAGAGGCUUUUGCUAAAACUCAUCAGAUGAGGGAUUUUUUCAGGACAACAGGUGAGAACUGGGCAAAAGUUGUAAAGUAGCAGUUUUGUUAUAUGGACAGUGUUCUGCUCUUUAACCCGUCUCAUAUAGCCAAUGUUUCAGAAAUAAUUAUGCUGAUUGCCAGCUUACAUGAUAAGGAAAACUUAAUAUUAAGCUAUUUAGAUGGCUAUAUCAACUCUUAAAAUGUGCAGAGCCAGGCUCCAAAUCAGUCUCCUUUCAGAACAGAACAUGGCAUUUGUCCCUUGCUUGCUUGUUUUUCCCUUCACCUGCAUUUUAGAAUUGCCCAGAGGCUGCCAGAGUGAAUGUAAUUCUACUUUCAGGGAAAGAUAGCCCAUAUUAAUACUGCUGGGUCAUAAACAUAUCAACAAAUGGCAUAAACCCAUUUUAUUUCCUUGUUUUGUGUCUGAAGAUGUUCACCAGUUUUCUAUGUAUAGUAAGGCAGCAUGCUAAAAUGCUUUUGUUCAGUUCUAUAUAUUUGAAAAUAGCACUGUGUUCUCUGAUGGCUACCUGCAGUGGUACCCUGUGUGAAAAAUAAAGACAUAUUGCCAUA